UCCUCCUUUGCAUUUUUAUUAGAUUACGUUACCGAGCAACCUCAGAAACAAGGAUCCACACAUUCUUCAAUCAACGUUAACCCCACAAAUCCAUUCAAUUUUCUUGGAUCCCCAUUGCCAACUUUCAUUUUUUUUUCCCCCUAUUUUCUCUCUUGCUUGUUUGUUCUCCAUCCCUCUGUUUCUGACACCGAGAUCUGUGAGACCCUUUUGCAUUUUUUCUUCCUUCUCAUCAUUUUGCUCUAUUUUCUUGUUGUUCUCUUCGACCCUUCAUUUGUUUUGAGCCUUCAAUUGUGUUGUUUUGAAGGUUUGGCUUGUAGUUUAGAAAGUUGGGUACUUGUGCAUUUCUUGGUCAAUCUUGGUUUUCCUAGUUGUUUUUUUUUUUUUAGCUUUUUGUAUCAUUUGUUGGGUUUGGGGAUAGUUUUGUUGUGGGAUUUGUGGUUUUUCAAUGGGCUGUUUUGAUGAGGGGCAUUUCAAUGGUGAGCUUGAAAAUGGAGUGAGUAUUGGAUAUAGUGAAGUGGGUUUUGAGGAAGAGGCAAAUACAGCUGCAAUUGAGGAUGCUGUGAAGGUUCUGUUGUUGGGUCUUGGUGAAGAUAUCAACAGGGAAGGUCUUAGAAAGACACCACUUCGUGUUGCCAAGGCCCUCCGGGAAGGAACCAGAGGUUACAGACAAAAAGUGAAGGAUAUUGUUGAGGGUGCUUUAUUUCCUGAAGCUGGUCUAGAUAAUAAUAGAAUUGGUCAUGCAGGAGGUGCAGGUGGACUUGUGAUUGUUCGAGAUCUUGACCUUUAUUCCUAUUGUGAGUCUUGCUUGCUACCAUUCCAGGUUAAGUGUCAUGUGGGUUAUGUUCCUUCUGGCCAAAGAGUUGUGGGUUUAAGCAAGCUCUCUCGUGUGGCUGAUGUGUUUGCUAAACGACUCCAAGAGCCUCAGCGUCUGGCAGAUGAGGUGUGUUCAGCUUUACAUCAGGGAAUAAAGCCAGCAGGUGUUGCUAUCAUACUUCAGUGUACUCAUAUCCAUUUUCCUGACAUAGAAUCAAUCUUUCUUGAAUCAAAUCAGCAAGGGUGGAUGAAGAUACUAGUUUCAUCAGGUUCUGGGGUUUUUGAAAACAAAAGUGCAGAUUUAUGGGCUGAUUUCUUUUGCCUUCUUAAAUUUAGAGGUAUUGAUAUCGAAAAAAUUCACCUUAGAGGAUCAUCUGACCAAUACUGGUGUCCUUCUCUGUCUGCUCUUUCUGCUAAAGUUUCCUCCAAAAUCGGACCAGUUAAUCCCGCAAUGGUCAAUGCAGUGUCUUCAAUCCUUAAAUCUUUGGGAGAAGAUUUGGUAAGGAAGGAGCUUGCAGGGACUCCGAGUCGAUUUGUGAAAUUGCUGUUGAACUUCCAAAGCAUUGACAUGGAUGUGAAGUUGAAUGGUUCUCUUUGUGGUGGGAUAGAUUCUCUGAACACCAAUGGGGAGGUCAACUUUAAUGAUAAACAAAUAUAUUCUGAGUUGAACUUACCUUUUUGGUCACAAUGUGAACAUCAUAUACUUCCAUUUCAUGGUGUUGUUCACAUAGGAUACUUCCUUUCAGAAGGAUUCAAUCCUAUUGGAAAAUCCCUUUUACAGUCAAUAGUACAUUUUUAUGGUUUCAAGCUUCAGGUUCAGGAAAGGCUUACAAGGCAGAUAGCAGAAAUCAUUUCACCACUGUUAGGUGGAAAUGUAAUAGUAGUUGUAGAAGCAAGUCACACAUGUAUGAUUUCUAGGGGAAUUGAGAAGUUUGGAAGUAGUACAGCUACCAUUGCAGUAUUAGGAUGCUUUUCAACUGACCUUGCCGCACGGGCCGCAUUCUUGCGAAAUAUGGCAAGUUCUACAUCCUCUGGAGGGCAUAAUUCUUCUUGUUAUAGCUCAGUUGAAUGAUUUAGCAGUAUUUCAACUCAUUCUCUGCAUUUUUGAAGGUUUUGCUACCAGUAUUACUGCAGCAGCCUAGACAUGGAUAAUUUCAGUACAUUUGAAAGUCACCCAAAUUUUGUUCUGUUGGAAGAGGCUCACACUAAGUCUUCAUAUUUUGGCUUCUCUCUUUUUUAUGUGAUUACAUAUUAUAAAAUCCCUUAUGAAAUAUUCAAGGGGUGAGUCACUUUGUCCAGAUUCACAUGCUGGCAGUCUCUGCUUGUCCUAAAAUGUGAUUGAUAUUAGUCUACCCUGAAAACUUUUCUCACUUUAAAUUACAA